AUGGAUCCCGAGUUGCGCUAUCCACCCAAACGAGCGAGCGGCAAGCGCAGAGCCCAUAUAGACGAAGACGGCGAUUACGAUGCGACCCAGCGACCCCAAACCCCACCAAGGAGUUCUAAGAAGCGCAAGAGCAACCCUGAGGUAAUUGAUCUCACUGGAGAUUCUCCCUCUCCUCAAAGGGCUCCACCCAAAAAGAGGGGCAAGCGCGACACUGACGCACCCGUCGAAGAGAAACGAACUAGAGUGUUUCGCAAGCGCGCGACGGAGAGCUACUUGGCUGUAAGGGAAAGAGCGUUCACCCAGCGUCUCACGGUACUCUCGCGCGAACGAUGCGGAAGCGAUACCGUGCCUGAGGAGAAGGUCAUCAUAGCCGGCUCGACCGGCAACGUCUAUACCGUCUCAAUUGGUCUUGUGCCAAGUUGCGACUGCCCACAUGCGAGGAAGGGCAAUCAGUGCAAGCACAUUGUUUAUGUCAUAUUGCGCGUGCUAAAGGCGCGGGAGAAUAUCGCCUACCAGCUAGCACUCCUCAGCUCCGAGCUGCGCGAGGUUAUCAAGAACGCGCCACCUAUCCCAGGUGUUGAGACAGACGGAAAGGACGGCACGGAGAAGGCAGGAGAAGAUGGAAACCGGAAGUCCAUCGAGGGCGAAUGCCCCAUCUGCUACGACGAGCUUGGUAGUAAGGAAGAUACCGUCUACUGCAAGGUCAGCUGCGGAAACAAUAUACACAAGGCCUGUAUGCAGAACUGGAUGGCGGCAUCGAGCGGCAAAGGAACAUGUCCGUACUGUCGUGCCAAGUGGGAAGCAGAUACUGGGUUGGAAGGCAAUCUGGGCGAUCUAGUUACAAAGGGUUUACGGAGGAAUGAAGAUGGAUAUGUCAAUGUUGCUGGUCAAUUGGGCUUGUCUGGUCACAGAGACUAUUCAACAUAUCACCAACCCUGGGUCCGGCAGCGGGGAUAUGGGGGUCUGAGGAGGGGUGGCUACGAUUAUGACAAUUACUACUAA